AUGCUCCGACAGGUCCUCUCCUCCUCCUCCAGAGCUCUGCGCUCCGCCCCCAGGCUAGCCGCCGGCAAGCCCAUGCUGCGGCCCCAGUUCCAGUCCGCUAUGCCGUCACCGCUCGUCGCCCGGGCAGCCCAGCCCUCCGUCGCUCGCUGGUACAGUGAGGCCAAGGAGGCGCCGGCCGAGGGUGAAAAGGACAAGCCCGAGGCCAAGGAGGAGGCCGGCGAGGCCGAUGCGCUGUCCGAGCUCAAGAAGACGCUCGAGACUAAGGAGAACGAGGCCAAGGAGUGGAAGGACAAGUGCCUGCGCACCGUCGCCGACUUCCGCAACCUCCAGGACCGCACCGCGCGCGAGGUCAAGACGGCCCGCGACUUUGCCAUCCAGAAGUUCGCCAAGGACCUCGUCGAGAGCGUCGAUAACCUCGACCGCGCCCUCACCACCGUGCCCGCCGACAAGCUCGACGCCGCCGUCAACCAGGACCUCGUCAACCUCUACGACGGCCUCAAGAUGACCGAGAGCAUCCUGCUCCAGACGCUCGCCAAGCACGGCCUGGAGCGGCUAGACCCGGAUGGCGAAAAGUUCAACCCCAACGAGCACGAGGCCACCUUCAUGGCCCCGCAGCCCGACAAGGAGAACAACACCGUCUUCCACAUCCAGCAGAAGGGCUUCAAGCUCAACGGCCGCGUCCUUCGCGCUGCCAAGGUCGGCGUCGUCAAGAACAGCUAG